UUCUCAUUAAUCGUCAAUUGCAAAUCUCCCGUGUGAUAUGGAUAACGAACAAGCAAAGCAAAUUCCGUUUUCCUUGCUUGUUUCUUUGCUGCACCAAAUUGCCAAUGUUCCAGUACAUUGUACAUCUUCCAGGGUCAACAAAAAGGCUCCUGCUUACCGUUCUCUUACCGGAGUCCUUGCAAGAUGGAUCGAAAACCUUCAGAAUAAUUAUUCACCCUUACCUCGGGAUACUACUAUGCAUGUUCUCCGUCUUCUAUUUCCUGAAGAGGACUCACAGAGGAAGUACGACCUGCAAGAAGCAAGGCUAUCACAACUCCUACCAGACUGCCUAGAUACUUCUACCUUUCCGCCUGUCUCUACUGCCCGUUUGAAACAGUGGAGUAAGCAACAGAACUCGGGAUGCCUCGGCCAGGAAAUUUUUGCUUUACGAUCAUUAGAUGCUGAGUCAUUCAGUGGGGAAAAGAGUCUCCAGGACAUCAACGUAUUGUUGGAUGAACUGGCAUCUACCUCCGCGUUUUCUGACAAGACUCUUCACGCGGCUCAUUCUCUGUCGCCACCUCGGUCUAAAUCUGCUAUUUUACGGUCAUUAUUCGAAUCUAUUCCUGCCCUUGAUGCUGCAUACCUCACACAGAUCAUUCUGAAAGAUUUGAGACCUAUCCUAUGCGCUCCCCCUGUCGCAUCCACUAGUCGCGCUCUUCUUGAAUACAACACUAAUAGCAAGUCGGUGUUGACAAAGGAGCAGUUCAUGAAGACUUGGGAUCCAAGUGGCUCCAUGUUAAAGAUGUACAGAACGCGUGCCAAUAUAACCGAAGCAGCCUUGUGCUUUGAGGCUGGAGGUGCGAUCUCACACCCGAGGCCGCGCUGGGGUGUACCCGUUGAGAUACCGAAAUCUGCAAAGGGCCGAAGCCCAAAGCAUGCACUCAAUGUUCUCAGGCCAAGUGACGCUAUUUGGGCGGAAACUAAGUAUGAUGGCGAACGUGCACAGAUUCAUGUACGAUUUCGUGGCCAAAGUGAUCCGCAAAUCACAAUUUUCAGUAAGAGCAAGAGGGACUCUACGCUGGACCGCAUUGCAGUACACUCUAUAAUAAAAGAGGCCCUUGCUGGCUAUAGUAUGGGAGACAUCAUACUUGACGCGGAGAUGAUCGCUUAUUCUGAUGAGCGGCACAAAAUAGAAGAGUUUUGGCACAUACGUGGCUUAAUAUCGCGCACCGCUGAGGGUGCCCGGGCGGGCGGAUAUCGAAGGGGUGAGGCCCAGUAUGAUUCGCGCACACAAGACUCUUGUCCUUCACUCCAUUCGAAUUCAUCAACAGCGUCCGCCUUGCACCUCGCACUCGUUUUCUUUGAUGUCUUACAGGUGGGCGCAGCCUCCAUGUUGAACGCACCAUAUUAUAUGCGCCGGUCAUUACUCGAGAGUAUCAUCACUCCAAUUCCAGGGCGUUCUAUGUUGGCUGAGCGGACAGUUAUCAUAGGCAGACGAGUGCAAGAGGCUGAAGGGCAAAAGAGACUGAGGGAAACAUGGGCCAAGUGUAUCGCGGAAUGCGAAGAAGGGCUGGUACUCAAGGCUUCAGAUAGCACCUAUGGAGAUUGGAAUCUCCCUUGGGUCAAGCUGAAAAAGGAUUAUGUCCCUGGGUAUGGUGAUACUAUAGACCUUGUCGUAAUCGCUGCUGCUUGGGAGAAAGACAGAGCCAGAGAGUUGAGAGUGCCGCCAUCAACUUUAACUACUUUCUACAUUGCCGUCCUAAGCAACUCGUCGCAAAUGAACAUCGAUCCUGGUCGCAAGCCUCACUUUGUUACAUACUUCACUGCCUCAUAUGGUUUAUCCCGCGAGCAACUUGAGGAAUUCAAUUUCUGGAUACGCGCAGAUGCGGUUGAUGGACCCAAGCCAUCUAUUGAUGAAUUGUGCUACACGUACACUAUGUCACAAACACUGCCAAGGCCGUCUGUGUUCGUUCGGAACCCGAUUCUAGUGGAGUUAUAUGGGGCGGGGUUCACCAAGGCGCCGCAGAGUAAGUUGCAUACUACGAACUCCGUUUCUCCACGCAUCACGAAACCCUUCCGUCCGUCCGAGAGGUCCUAUAUGGAGUGCCUCACCCUCCGAGGCCUGCGGAAUAUAGCUCUCGAGGCGGUUGGGCGAGAGGCCCAUGACGCCGCGAAGUAUAAGGACCUGGAUGAAUGGGGAAGAGAGUUGUGGGGGAAGCUGGGAGACAAAGGUGUCGAGGAGCAAAGAAGAGAGCUCAAAAGACAACUGUCCAUCGCAUGCUGGGAAGAGAAGCUGGAGAACAUUGAUUGUGAAAGGAGUAGGAAGAGAAGGAAACUUGAGGAGGACUUGGAGAUGUCCCCAUAGGCAGUUUACGUACUGCACAUAUGCGUUAUCUACUGCGAUCUCAUAUGUAACAAUCUUAUAAGGUUAAUCAUAUGUGCUGCCUCUGAAA